AUGCAGACCUGGAACUCGUCUAUGGGCGAGAUGCCUGCAGGAGGCUGCCAAAAUCAUAUGCAGCCGCCCGGUCAUGGCCAGAUCAUCCCACAGAACAUCCCCUCAAUGCAUCAAUUCAAACCACCCGCCGCUGUGAGAACCGAAAUCGCAGAACCUCUAUGUCGUCGAACUACUUUCUUCGUCAAUGUAGACUGGCGAAUGGGCGCAACUCUUGCUACCGCUACCAACAUUGUCGGCCAGAUGUACGUUGAGUGCAUGGAGCCUAUUGAGAGACUUCAUCCGUACCCCGUCAUUCUCAUCCACGGAGACUUCCACACUGGUCAGACAACCAAGCCAGAUGGUCAGUCAGGGUGGGCUUCUUUCUUCCUCAAGAAAGGAUUUCAGGUCAUGAUCGUCGACGUGCCGCCGUCCGGCCGUUCCAACUUUCUUACGACUUCCCACUACCUUCACAGAGAGGUGGGAUUGAACUCGAGUUCGCUAAAAGCAUCAGCAGUUGAAGCUGCGCUUACUGCACCUAGUAAACCCAGAGCUCCCGGUGUGCCUCUCCAGUAUGAGAGAGCAGCGUUCCACAACAAGUGGCCAGGCACUGGACAACGCGGAGAUCCUAUAUUUGCCAGGUAUUGUGCUUCCUUGUCCACUCUUCACCUCAGCAAGGUUGAACGACAGUCGCUCGCCCAAAACGCACUCCAGGCUCUUUUGCGCCAAGUUGGAAAGUCGAUCCUCGUUGGCGAAGGCUCUGGCGGAAAUGCGACUUGGCUAGCAGCUGAUGUCGAGCCUGAUCUUGUCGCUGCGGCUAUUGCUAUUGAGCCUGUGGGACCUCCUUUUGGAACAGCAUGCCCUAAGGAAGGCAAUCCCUUUCGCAGAUACAGCCCCUUCAUUGAGAAAGAAGAGGGAACGCGAAUCUACGGACUCGCCGAUAUCCCUAUCACCUAUGAUCCUCCUGCUCACCCUCAUGAAGGAUACGACCCUCCUGCGAGAGAACCUCUAGACUUGGUUAAAGUCAUAGCACCAGAUGGGCGAAGUGAAUGCUUCAUGCAACGCCGUCUUGAUUACAUGGAAAAAUCAAAUGGAAGACCGAGCAAUAGAGUCCGUCAACUCAUCAACAUCAAGAAGGUUCCUUGCAUGGUUGUCACCGCGCACGCCAGCUCGCAUGCCAUGUACGAUUGGGCGGUGGUCGCAUUCAUGAUGCAAGCCGGUGUCCAAGUCGACUGGGUCCGGCUUGAGGACGUGAAAAUCGAAGGCAAUGGACAUCUAAUGUUCCUCGAAACCAACAGCGAUCAGAUUGCUCAGGUAGUGCUGGAUUGGAUCAUGAAGAAAGCGACUCCCGAGACUUUUUUGGAUAUGCCGAGCAGUAUCCCUGUGCCAGAACCAACGGACCUUACUGAAAUGAUUGAGCAAUCCCAGCUGCACGAUCUGCCGAGCGUCAUCCCUAGCAGCUUGCCUUCUCCCGGUCAAAUGUUACAAUUCGCACGCACUUUACCAAUAGAUUACGCCGCAAUUGAAGCAGAACCUCUGAGAACACCUCAAGCUCCAAGCUUUGAAGUGGCACGAAGUCGUCCAAUUGAGACGCCGCACUUCCCAUCACUUGAAGAUUCAAGCAAGCGACCAGCUAUGUCUUCAGGGCAAACAACUGUGAGCAUGAACGAGCAUCAUGAGUCGCCUCAUCCGCGUAAAUCUUCCGGGCACAGUCACAAGCGAGUAAAAUUCGAACUUCCAGCUGAGACGUCCACUCCGUCGUCCACGUCUUCCUCGUUACCUCAAUCGAACCAGAUGUCUUCCGAGCAGCCGCAGCUGCAGGAGCGGCCUCAACCGGCUUCUCAAGCUUCUCAGCAGCCGGGCCACGUAUCGGUAAUAGACUUCGGCAUGCCUGACAUUUCCAUGAUGAGACCUGCUCAUCCAGAAGGUCCCGCUAGACUGAGACAGCAGGAGAACAGAAGCACUCGCUCUCCUUUGGCGAGUCCUGCUUUUAGCCUCUCUUCUUACGAGCAAGCUCCCAACCCUUUCACCCACCGACCCUGUAGUUCAUCUGAUGAGUUGUCUCUUGUACAGCAAUCCAGCCCAGCAUACAGAGAAAACCAGCGUAAUUACAGUUUGAACAACGCUCACACAACAGCUCGAUUCGAACGUAACCCCGGAACCGCUGAGGAGUCCAUCGCUGCAAUGGCCUUGAACAACCCAAGCCGCGCUGGCUCUGGUUUGUCCUACCCAUCUUUGAUGACAAGCCAAUCUUACCGAUCGGCCACUGUUCAGCCGCAGCAACAAAUCCCAUAUCUUGGACAAUUGGGUAAUUCUCCUACAGUAACCUCAGAAGCAGAGUUCCGACCACUGUCAACUCCCACCGCCGCUGGACAAUCGAUGAGUAUGGCAGGUCCAGACCCCCUGUUCACUCCUCUGGCGCCAUUUUCAGGACAAAGUGGCCAGGAGCAGAACCAUUUUGGCGUCUAUCCACAGAUGACGCCUCCCAGUCCAUCUCCAAUGCCUAGACAGUCGCUGUUGAACCCGCUAUCGUACAAUCUCGACACCGGGUCGCCUCACCUGGCCCAAUCACAGCACAAGCCGACUCCCAGAUAA